UUAAGCUUUAAAAUAAUCCAGGCUUCUAGAAUGGGCAAUUAUAACUAUUUGAAGGCUCCAAAAUCUGCAAUUUCGACAUUUCGAUCCAUGUUCCGCCACUACUUUUGAGUGAUUCUACGGUGUGCCUCCUCACGAGACCAGAAGAACAAGUCCAUAUUCUCAAGAAUUUGUACUACACUCUGCUAAAAAAAAAACCCCCCAGACAAAACUCCAUACUAGCCCUUACUGAAAUUGCCACUUAUACUGUUUCUUGGGGAAAACCCAUACGUAGUCGGUGCUACUGGUAAAGACGGUCCUGCCAGCCAAAACGGGAAAAUGUACCCUCCAUCCAAUCCACCACCCCCACAGUUUUCUAAUCCCUUCAGCUGUAUAAAAACAAACAAUCCCGCUCUCUCCCUCUAGUAACCCUCGGAAAUAAAUAGAUGGGCCUUGCUGCCGUCGCAUUAAAAGAUUUUAUUUGUCCAACCUCCCAAACAACACUUUCGAUCUCUCCAUCCUCAAAUCUCACAUCUGUUCUCCCCCAGGUCUCCAAUCCUCUCUCUCCAUCGUCCCCAGCCCUUCCUUCUACACACGACAAGUCCAUCUAAAACAAAACAUCCAAACAACAACAACAAGCCAACGCAGCCAAACACCCUCCUAGCAGCCCGCCACUCGCGCCUCCCCUCCCCCUUUGAUCAACAUACUGACCCUGCGGAUACCCACCCUGUCCAUAACCUGGCUGGCCAUAUCCAGGCUGUCCAUACUGUCCUUGCGGCGCAUACCCCAUCUGUGGACCCUGCUGGUAAUAUCCUCCCUGCUGCUGUUGACCCCAUUGCUGCUGACCGCCUUGUUGUGCGUACGGAUCUUGGUUGGGGUAUUGUCCUUGUGGUGGGAAGCCUUGCUGCGAGUAGUUUUGAGCGGGCGAGGCGUUGUAGUAGUCGGAUUGUUGGCCGGUGCCUUGGGGGGCGAUGUGCGCUGGGGCGGGGGAUUGGAAGUUAGAGCCAGCGUCGGAACCGUACUGUGAGGAGAAUGUUAGUAUGAUUGAUGAGAUCAAGUUCUUGAGAAUGACCGAAAGAAUUGAUGGGAGGGGAGAUGACAGAGGCUGGGACUUGAAAGGUAAGAGGGGGGGAGACUCACGGCUGGUGGUGGAGGGCCUGCCGGAGGAUCGUAUUUAUGUUGCGACAUUGUGAGAUUUGUACAGUGUUUAAGGUGAGAGAUGGGAUGUCUGUGUAUGCGUAUAGAUGUCUUGGUCUUAUUGAAGAAGCGGAGUGUGUUCUGGGUAGUGUUGGGUGUCCUUUGACCGGAUGUCCCGUCUCAAGCCUCUGGAAUGCGAUUGCCGCUUUACGAGUUGUUGGUAUUAAAGGGUCGUAUGUCCACGAAAGAAAUCCUUAAAGAGUUGAAGGAAAGAGAAAUGAUGCAAAGGAAGGUGCGGAAAGGAAGUCGUCGCAAGCAAUGACGGCAAUACGAAGGAGGGCGAAGCCGCUUGAUGACUGUAGUCGUCUUAUGGUUCGUGCUAGUGAGUUGAGUGCAGGCGUUCGAGGCGAGGUUCCAGAAGGCGAGCUGGUGUCCGAAGCAGCUGAUAGGCGUUCCCGAGAGUCCGGAUCGGGUUCAGCUCGGUGGGCUGCUUUUGUCUUUCGUUCUGUCGUUGAUCCGUCUUUGCGCAAACUUCUGUCAAAUAUUCUGAGGAGAUGUUGCGAGGCGGAAAUGGAAAGAUCUCUGUCACAGCAAUCGUCGCACUGCACUGUGGCUGAGCAAGGGAAUGAGCGCCAAUCCGCGUGCCGAGAGUUGCCCCUCGUUUUGCAGCUGACACCCUUUUCGACUUCUACCCGUCCACCUUUCCCUUCAACAGUACUAGCAGUGAAAUCCUACACUGAAGGCUAAAGCAUCGAGGAGUUCAUGAACAUUUAUGAAAAUUUCCUUCCUAUUUCAUUCUUUUGACAUACUUUAAUCUGACGAAGUACGGGUCUUCAUGUGCUAUUUACCAAGACCGGAAUCUUGGUGAUGGUGGCAUCGUUUCUAUCACAAGCAAUUGGCGAUCUUGGCCUCAGCGCAAUUAUUCAUUCGAUGUCUUAGAAGUUCAACCCAGAGUCUCGAACGUCUUGGACAGUCAGAAUUGUAAAAUCUGAGCUAUCCAGCUUCAAGCUAGCUGUAAGAUUAUCUCUCCUAAUCAUUGGCAUCCUUGGCCAACAAUUUGAACGCAAAGUCGUCAAACUCGUGUAAGCAUUUCUUCAAGCUCUACUUUCCCCUCUUCUUUUCUUUUAUGUUCUCUUUUUAUUUACUGUUCUCUCCUUAUCCUCAUCCGACCCAGAAAGCACAUAUCUGAGUUCCCUCUCGUCCUGCCCAUUCAUGAACUCCACAUACUCUCCCAGGGAUGCAUAGUUGUAUCAAGCUGGAAAGUGUUCACCCUAGCCCACUGCUCUCGUAACAUCCCGCAUCACCAGCUCAUCAUCCCGCCCACUCUCCCCAAUGUCUCUAUUCGUCUCGUUCAGAACAGAAUGUCCAGUCCCAGUCUUCUCCUUACACACCUCGACCAAGGCCUCUGACGAGCAUUUCCGCACCUCAUUGGUGUUGUCAUUGGUGUCAAUUGCUUCCCCGAGCACCAUCAUGCCAGUCACAUCGUGGUUGUCUUUUGAAGUUCGAUUGGGAGGCGACUAAAUUAUGGGAACUGGUCCCGCGGAGAAAGCUCUUUGGACCGUGAAAAUACUGAGUAGUUGAGUAGUGACCUCGAUGUGCGUCGCAAGACUGGUCUCUAUAGUUGGAAUGGUGCUUGUGAAGAAUAUAUAGGGAAAUAUCCGGUGGCCUUUCUAUCUUCCUGACUUCGCUGCAAGACAUCAAGAACUAUAUGAUGGUGGGCAGGAGCAAGUGCUUCAAUUGACUAGAGAUAACAUCUGAAGGUUCAUACGGAAAUACUCAUAAAUCAUUGACUGUUUAAGCGCAGAAAAUGUAAACAAGAAGGCAUAGGAUUAUGGUCUGUUGACAUGGCAUGUGCGGGGGACUUUCUAAUGCACUGGGUACCUCUUGAUUUUCAUUCAACAACAAGAGUCUUCAUCCCCUCUCCUAGAUUUGCCGAUCCCAUCGAAAAGCCAAACAUUUCCAAUGUUCCGAACAACUUCAAAGGCCCUCGGCACAAAAGAACGAUAUCAAGUGGAAGUCAACAUUCAAAACCUUGGCCCCACAGCAUCCUCGCGUAUUUCCUAGCCUGCAGCAACCGUCAUCUUCUGCAGAAGCGCACCAAGUAGUGUUGGUGGAAUAUCCCUGUAAUGGUUCAUAACACAACCCAAUUAUAACUUUCUGCAGCUGCCUUCACCAUCCUAUCGGACAUAGCGGACUUCCAUGUACAGCCAAUUUUCCUGAUUUGCGGAUGGUCCUCGCUUUGGUCUCCUCGCCAGCGCCCGUCAGCAAUCCCAGCCUCCUGUAAUCAUCAACAAAACACAAGCUUCACCAAACGGAAAGUUACCGAAGGGAUUACGACUUUCCCAACCUCCUCGAUUAUACUAGUGAGGGGGAUUUUCGCAUCCCCCACAUAGAUAGAUGUUUGCAUUUCAAGAUUGUACUUACCUACAGCAAAUACCAGUCCUUCAUUGCUUUUUGGACGAUUGAAGGUGCAGCCCUGCAGGUUGCUGUGUUUGUGCUGCAGAAACAAGGCUUAUGCACCACUAACCACAGUGCAGCCUCGGACGGAUAUGCGCCCAGUUGAACUCAAGCUGGAAUCCCAGGCCAACUCUGCCUAGUUUCAAGUCACUCCUUCCUGUCUGGACGACCACGCCAGCUCAUCCAACCUUCUCCUCCAUCCUACAUUCUCGUCACUCGUUCCCAGAACUUCAAUUCGAUUCAAUUCCUGUCUACGAGAUCUAUUGUACGAUUAUUAUAUCCGAUUAGUUGAAGAAAAAGCCCCGCCAACUCCACCAGAGCCAUCUGCAUCAUCGGUUUCAAGCUCGGGCCUGCGAUCCGCUCAAUUCCCCUCGUUGAUCCCAGCCAGCCCAGCCGGGUGCAGUUGGAGAGAUAAACAAAACAAAGCGUGUCGAAUACCACGCAGCGCAUCAAUUGCAUCGUCUCCAUCGAAUACUAUUAUACCACCAAGCGCACCGAAUCGAAUACAGCUUCUGCGCUCUUCAACUUCCCAGCGAGCAGCGCUCUUGCGCCACGCCCGACCACCCGCCGCAAUGGCACCAAUCCCCAUACCAACAACCCUCCACAUCCUCCCACGCACCGCAUCUCCAAGCACCACCAACCCCAUAAUCUCCUCCCUCUCCUCAAUAAUCAAACGCACCCUCCUCCAAGUCCGCCAAUCCACCUCCGGCAUCAUCCCCACCACCUACGGCAACAUCAACGACGGCCCCGCGCCGGGCACAGUCGUCGGCAUCGUCCUCGGCUCCGUCGGCGGCUUCCUGCUCAUCCUUUGGCUGAUAUACACCUGCAUGCAAUUCGGAUCCGUAUCCUCUCGGUCCUCCUACACAGAAAGCAUCGUCAUCGCGCCAGCCCGACGGAAGUCGCACCACGGGUCGACCACACACGCGCGGCGGGUCAGCGAGACGGUUGAGGUUCGCCGCGCGCCGAGUCCGGUGAGGAUUGUCAGGGAGCCGAGUCGAGUCGAUAGGGUGAUUGUGGAGGAGAGUAGGGAGACGAGGAGGGAGAGGAGUAGGAGUUUGGCUGGGGGGAGUGAUGAGGUGGUGGUUAUUGAGGAGCAUAGUCCGCCGAGGAGGAAGAAGAGUACGAGGGUUAGUGCCGAGACGGAGAGGAGGGAGAGUGGGUAUAGGACUGUGGAUCCAGGGGCGUAUGGGGGUGCUGUUGGGGGGAGGAAGGUUAGUGGGAGGAGGUGAUGGGGUUGUGGGGAGAGGUGAUUGUCGAUCUUGAGAAAGGACAUAAUGUGCGAUUGAGGAUAUGGAUGAUGGGAUAUCGGAUGAUUACGGAUACGGAUAAUGAUGAAGGGAAUGGACAUAUGGGAAACUCGUGGGCAAGGCAAUAGAGAACAGCUUUAGCUGGAAGGACAGUGGAAGGAUUUGGGACUAGGAAGGACGUAGGGAACGAGAGGAGGGGACGUAUUGCAUUAUCACGCUAUUGUACGCGAAUAUCCCCGGGCGUCUAUUUCAUUUAGGGCAUAUUGGCAUGGUGACUGGAAUGGGGUAGCAUCUAUCAUGUUUUCGUAUGAUAUCUUAGCUCUUCUUUGCUUUGCAAACGUUUUGCUGUUUGUUUGCUGUCUACUUAUGUAUCUAGCUUGUACUCGUAGCAAGUGGCACAUACCAAACUACAAUUAAUAAACAUGCAAUAAAACAAAAUGUGAAGAAUCAUUAGCUUUGAACUGCUCGCUAUCCUCCCCAAGAUCUCUCAUCAAUGUGGCCAAAACAAGAAAGAAAUGAAAAGGUUUGGAAUAUUGACUGCCUGCCUCGGCGUGAUUACCUAGCUAAGCAUAGCAAGCAUACUUGAAGGCUCUCCAAUAUCCAGAUCCAGAUCUAGGUAGUUCCCUUACUCUCU